CUCCCCGUAAAGGAAGCUAUCAGCUGAUCAAGUCGAUUUUUCCAGUUGUCACCGACAUUAGACGGCACCAACUAUAUUCCUGAUUGAAAACCUACGCUAUACGGCCCCAGAGGCUUGCUGUUCACAAUAGUGUUGCCAGUAUGGGAGGCGGCUGCGGCGGCUCAUCGCUUACAUAAUCUGGUUCUUUUCAAAUUUUCUAUGCACCAUGAAAAUUUAUUUGCGUCAGCUCUCAGCCCAACUCUUUUUGCCAUACCCCCAUUCACAAUGGUUUUGAAAUCCACAUCUAACGGUUUGGACGGUGUUUCCGUGUACCAGAUCUCCGGUACCAAUGUCUCGCGUUCGCUUCCCGAAUGGAUUGCGCAGAAGCGUAAGAAGGCGUUGAAGAAUGAUUUGGAGUACCAGACACGCGUGGAGUUGAUCCAGGAUUUUGAGUUCAGUGAGGCUUCCAACAGAAUCAAGGUUUCCCCAGAUGGCCAGUUUGCCAUGGCCACCGGUACCUACAAGCCUCAGAUCCAUGUGUACGACUUUGAAAACUUAUCCCUCAAGUUCGACAGACACACCGAUAGCGAGAAUGUGGACUUUGUCAUCACAUCCGCCGAUUGGACCAAGUCCGUUCACUUGCAGAAUGACAGAUCGAUCGAGUUCCACUCCAAGGGCGGAAUCCACUACCGCUCGCGUAUCCCGACCUUCGGGAGGAGCUUGGCAUACAACGCUGCGAGCGCGGACUUGUUGGUGGGUGCCUCUGGGAACGAGAUUUACCGUUUGAACUUGGACCAGGGCCGUUUUCUCAACCCAUACGUGCUUGACACCACCCAGGGCGUGAACCACGUGUCGAUCAACCCGGUUCACGGCUUGGUGGCGGCGGGUUUGGAGGAUGGGACGGUCGAAUUCUGGGACUCCAGAAGCAGACAGAGAGCCGCCAAGUUGAUGGUUUCCGACCAGUUGAGCGGUAAUGCGCCGGUACAGGUCAGCACCACCGCGUUCAGAAACGACGGGCUUAACUUUGCAUGCGGUACCUCCGAUGGCUACUCCCUCCUUUACGAUUUGAGAACAGCCACCCCAUUGCUCAUGCGCGACCAGGGUUUCGGGAAUGCCGUGGACAAGAUUAUCUGGCUAGACGAGAACAGCAGUAACUCUGAUCUUUUCUUGACCUGUGACAAGAAGAUUGCCAAGGUCUGGGACAGAACCGACGGGAAGUUUGUGUGCUCCAUGGAGCCAGACGUGGAUAUCAACGACAUUGAGUACGUCCCAGACUCUGGGAUGUUCUUUAUGGCGAAUGAAGGAGCGCCGAUGCACACCUUCUAUGUACCUAACAUCGGGCCAGCGCCGGCCUGGUGCUCGUUCUUGGACAACAUCACCGAAGAGUUGGAGGAAAAACCAACCAACACCACGUACUCCAACUUCAGGUUCAUCACCAGAGAGGAUGUGACCAAGUUGAAUAUUGCCCAUUUGGUCAGCAAGGGCGUGUUGAAGGGCUAUAUGCACGGUUACUUCAUCAACUCCGACUUGUAUGAUAAGGUGAACUUGAUUGCCAAUCCGAACUCGUACAGGGACGAGAGAGAGCGUGAGAUCAAGAAGAAGAUUGAGAAGGAGAGAGAAUCGCGUAUCAGAUCCACGGGUGCGGUCAAGCACACGAAGGUCAAGGUCAACAAGGACUUUGUCACGAAAUUGCAGGAAAAGUCUGGCUCCAAGGCUGUGGACAGACUUGUUAACGAUGAUCGUUUCAAGGAGGUCUUUGAGGACGAGGAGUUUGCUAUUGAUGAGGAGUCUCACGACUAUAAGCAGUUGAACCCGGUCAAGGCCGUCAAGGAUGUGUCUGGACCUGUUAGCGAAAGAAGAGGUAAGACCGCCGCAGAAGACUCCGACGAUGAGAGAAUGAACUCACACGGAAAGUACGCCAGAAGUGACAAUGAAGAGUCUGAGGAAGAGGAGAGCGACAGUGAAGAUGAUCACGUUUCCAGAGCCCAGAAAGAGGCCCAGCAGGCCAAGGUCCAGAAGCAGUUGGAGAAGCUCCGCCGCAAAAAGCAAGAGAGCGAAGAUGCCGCAAAGUUCAUGUCUGAGAUGAAGGUUUUGUCGACGAACGAGGUCAACCAGACGCGCGGCAAGUCGGCCAAGUCCAAGUCUUUCGGCUCUCAGGUCAAGCAUCACGACAGAGUGUCCAAGAUUGAGAAGCUGAAGAAGGGCGAUACGAAGUUGAGACGCCAUGCCAGGGGCGAGGCCGAGAUGACCUUCAUUCCGAAGAAGGAGCACAAGAAGCCAAAAGUGCGCUUUGAGGAGGAGGGGGUCGACAAGGGCAGAACCCAGCAAAGAUUCGACGGCAGAAGAAGAGCCAGUAACAACGCCUUCCGCGGUAUGUAGCGUGUAUCAUUAAUGUAUUAUAGCCUGUAAACCUAGA